UGGGAGCCGAAGCGGGUACCAGAUCGUCGGGCGGCGGUGGGGAGCUCCGGCGGUGUUGCGGUGCCGGCGGUGCGGCGGCGGAGAUGUGCGCUGAGGGGAGGUGCUGGGGCCGGCGGCAGCGAGUGCUGCUCUGGGGCGUCCUGCUGGCGACCUGGGAGGCGGCGUGGGGGCAGCUGCGCUACUCGGUGCCCGAGGAGAUGCCCAAGGGCUCGUUCGUGGGCGACGUGGCCAAAGACCUGGGGUUGCAGACGCCGGCGCUCAGCCACCGCGACACCCACGUUUUUGACACAGGUAGGACACGGUACUUUUUUCUGGACUUGCAGAACGGCCACUUAUCUAUGAUGGAGCAGGUGGACAGAGAAGAGAUAUGUGCAGCUGUUCCUAAAUGCGUCCUAAAUUUUGAAAUUCUUGUAAAGCAGCCAAUGAACGUUUACAAAGGGGAGGUAGAAAUACUGGAUAUUAAUGAUAAUGCUCCCAGUUUCCCAGAAAGAAGCAGUGUCUUAGAAAUCAUCGAGUAUACUGCACCAGGCGCACGUUUCCCAUUGGAGAAAGCUCAUGAUCCCGACAUAGGAGUGAACUCUUUACAGAAUUAUGAAUGUAGCAAGAGCAGCUAUUUCACCUUGGACGUGAAAAACGGAGAUGACGAUGUGAAAUAUCCAGAAUUAAUAUUGGUGAAAUCUUUGGAUCGGGAAGAGCAGGCUGUUCAUAAUUUGAUCCUAACAGCCACAGACGGCGGGAGUCCGGUGAAAUCGGGAUCGACAACAAUACAAAUAGUUGUGUUAGAUGGAAAUGACAAUGCUCCAGAAUUUACUCAGUCUGUGUAUAAGGUGACCGUGAGAGAAGACGUGGCCGUGGGAAGUCGGGUGUUACAGGUGACAGCGUCUGACAGAGACGAGGGGUCAAACGCUGAGGUGAAAUAUUCGUUCUUUAAAAUCCCAGAGAAGUUCAACAAAACUUUUAAACUAGAUCCUGAAAGUGGGGAAAUUGAAAUAACAGAGAAGUUGAGUUUCGAAGAACAGGAGUAUUACGAAUUGGUUGUGCAAGCACGGGAUGCGGGUGGACUUGCUUCCCACUGCAAGGUACACAUCAAGGUCGCGGAUGUGAACAAUUACUCUCCUGAGAUUGUCAUUAUGUCCGUGUUCAGUCCGGUUCCAGAAGAUACACCGCUGGGAACAGUAAUCGCCAUUUUCAGCGUUCAAGACAGGGACUCCGGGGCCAACGGCGAGGUGCAGUGCAGCAUCACAGAAAACCUCCCAUUCCGCCUAGAGAAAUCAUUCGAUAAUUACUACCGCGUGGUGACUGCAGAGCUGCUGGACCGGGAGCAGGAGUCGGAGUACAACGUGACGGUGCGG